UAGCAGUAUACAUUGUAUACACAUAAACUAUCAUGGUUGUGAACAGUACGUAAAUGGCUGGGACGACCAGUGUGUCAGAACUUUUGGCUGCCAGUGAUUUACAAUCGAAAGGUGAGUCUUGGUCCAGAUGCAUUGACAUUCCACUGAUGAAGUAACACGGUGAGAUAGGGACCAAUGUACCUCAUUCCACGAACAACCAUUCCAGUUGGAUAAUAAUGCUACGAACACCACCUAAUGCCGGCCGAAUUUAAUCAGGAGACCGGCUCGGACUUGACGUCAACGAUGUCAUCCACGAUCAGGUCAAAUGGCCCAGCGAUAUCAGAACCUGCCGUCAGGGCAACAAAAGACGAAAUUGAGGAGGAAGGUGACCCGCCACAGCAGCGGGAGAGGAGAAUUACGGCGUAUGAUCGCCUGUCGCAUGACCUUUCAAAUGAUCAAAAAUGUCUAAAAGAGAUAACUUUGGGGAAACGAAUAGGAUUUUAUCGGAUUCGAGGUGAAUUGGGCAGUGGCAAUUUCUCCCAAGUCCGCAUGGCUGUGCAUGCACUUACCAAAGAAAAGGUUGCAAUCAAGAUUUUGGACAAAACAAAACUGGACCAGAAGACGCAGCGUCUUCUUUCUCGUGAGAUCUCAAGCAUGGAGCGAUUACGCCAUCCAAACAUAAUCCGUUUAUACGAAGUCGUAGAGACGCUUGCUAAAUUACACAUAGUCAUGGAGUAUGCCUCGGGAGGGGAACUCUUCACCAAAAUAUCCAACGAAGGCAAAAUGUCGGAAAAGGACGCCAAACCUAUAUUUGCUCAAGUUGUAGCAGCCUUAGAACAUAUGCAUGAUCACCACAUCAUACACCGAGAUCUGAAAGCAGAAAAUGUGUUUUACGCCGCACCAACCAUGAUCAAAGUUGGUGACUUUGGAUUCAGUACAUUCAGUCGAGCCGAUCAGACAUUGAAUACAUUUUGUGGAUCUCCACCGUAUGCUGCGCCAGAACUUUUUAAGGAUGAAAGCUAUUAUGGAGUGUAUGUAGAUAUAUGGGCAUUAGGAAUUUUACUCUACUUUAUGGUCAGUGGAAUUAUGCCUUUUCGUGCCGAAACUGUUGCCAAACUUAAAAAGUGUAUUUUAGAGGGGACCUACACAAUACCGUCCUUUGUCUCAGACUCCGGCCAAUUUCUUAUUCGCAGUAUGUUGAAACCGGCACCUCUGGACCGGUUUAGUAUACAGGAAAUAAAAGCCUCUGAAUGGUUGCAGGGGGAAGAGUUUCCUGCCGCUUUAGAACCAUAUGAACUGAACCCGACGAUGGCUAAUAACAAUGUAAAACACGACGAGGUUGAAGCGCGGAAAGUUUUGACCACUUUGGGGAUUAGUGAUGAUUUGAUAAAACAAACCCAGGGACGGGAUUCAAGAAGCAGUGUGACCGGAACGUAUCGAAUAAUUCUUCAUCGGAUACAAAAACGGAAUGCGAAUUUUGCAGACGCAGUUGUGGAGGACGAUCAAAAUCCAAUUCAGAAUAGUACGCUGCGCAGGCGCGGGAAAGAGAAUGUGACACCAGUCUUGGAGAAACGCCAGUCAAAAUUCUGCACAAUUUUAUAGCGCUAGUGCUGUGUACAUAGAUUCUGUAUAUUACCUUUGACAAUCCUGAAUGUGUUAAAAACGCCUGUUUAUUGUAAAAUCACUUCACAUUUAGAAAUGAGCAGGCCAAAUGGUCUCUUGAUGAUGAGAUGCAAUUUGAUCAUAAAAAUCGAAUCACAAACUUCUGUGUGAUUGGAUCGAUCAGACUUCUUGACACAAAGUCAUGUUUGGCUGAAAUUAAAUUUGAUCAGAAGCAGGCUAUAAGACCUGUGGAUUUCUUCAAAUACCUGGACGAGAGCGAAACCUUUGAAAUUAUUGCUAGCCUCCCCUCAAAUUGAAGUUGAAAUCCUAUCCAAUUUCUUUGGAUUUGAAUUGAUGGCACAUGAACCAGUCAACACACUUGAGGAAACUUUCAGAAUCAAAGUGAUUUUACAGUAAACCAGUGUUUUUCUGUGUUUAGCCUGUGAUCAAAGACUAUAUUUAAUGUCAUAAUGAUAAAUGAUGAGAUACACUUAAAUUGCCGCCCAAUGCACAAAGACGUAUCUGCACCAAAAAAUAUUCCAUCCAAGACAGUUGCCUCAUGAUCAAAAAAAUUAUCCUUUUUUCAUUCGGCUAAAGUACUUACUUCCUGGAUUAUGUGUACCCUUUCGCCAGUGAGUUCUCUUACUAAAAAUUACCUUUUUUUUCAUCUUGACCCUUUUAUUUCCUUAAGACACAAUCUGUGAAGUAAUGCCACAAUGCAACAAGAAUCGAGAUCACAGCGAAAUGUCAGCUGGAUCAGUGGGACCGGUUUUUAAAUCAUGGAGAGAAAAUGUCUUUGUUUUUACUGUGUCGGUUAUAAAAGCUGCUUAUAUUACCAUUUCUGCAGACGCAUGAUCAUUUAAACAUUAAUCUCCUUUGUGAGAAAUAUUCGACUACUCUUGCACAUUUUGUGAACUUUGGUUAAAAAAAAGCAAUGACUGUUUUUUUGGCUACAGCAAAACAUUCUGUAAAGGAUAUGAGGGUAGAUCGACUAAAAUGAUAGCAUGUCAAACAUGAACUAGUGCACAAGUUAGUACAGCUACAAGUUUGCCAACUGAUCACCUUGGUAACCAGUCUUGUCCCUGAAUAAGACCCAUGCUGCAUCCUGUGGGGAGUUUUGUGAACUAAAAUCAUUGUUUGGGGUGGUUUUAAUUGCCUUGUAUUUAACAACUUGUGCCUAUUAGUCACCAGAAGACCACCAGUUGUACCCCCACAUGCCCAUAGCUAAUGCCUAUAGUCCCUCUUUUAACGAGGGGCAUCCUUGAGCAGGGGGGGGGGGGGUUAGUCAAGUCCGGGGUUGUCUACUUGGGGGAGGCUACAGGCGAUAGAUAUCAUUCCAGUGGAUGCGAGCUCAUUCUUUUUAUAAUUUUGUAACCCAGCCAUUUUGUACCCCCCCCCCCCCCCCCCCAAGACUCAAUAUCUAAGACCUUAUGUACACUAAUUAAUGUGAUACAUUUUUUUUUCAUGACGACAGCAUAUCAAACUGAUCACGUGAAGGGUAUUUUAUGCCUGUGGCUCCGGUGCACUGAAAAUGUCACAGAAAAUCACUGUGAUAGCAAGAGAAUCUCACAAUAGAUGUAAUCUCUGACUCCGUAGGUCCUAUUACCCGACCCUUAAAGGUGGAGUCCUGAUACCCGGUACUUAAAGGAGCAGCAUGUUCUGAAGGUCAUUGCGAUCUGUCGUGGACACCCUCACCGAAAAGCAGUGUGAUAUCAGUCAGGAUUCAGUCAGGUUGCAGUGUUACCUCACAUUUUUAUGGCAGUGUUGAAAUCAGUGGAAAGCAGUCAUAGGGAGUGUUUUUCAGUCACGCAAUACCAAAGCAUACAGUUAUACAGCAAUCAAAAAUAGAGGUUAGGGAGUCAUAAGCAGUGGUAAGACAGUCAAAAUCAGUGGUAAGGCAGUCAAAAGCAGUGCUCAUUUAAAUAUUUAGGCUGACUGAUUUCCACUGCUUUUGACACUGAAAAUGACUCCUCACUAUGCAUCAUGCACAGGGCUGGCAGUGGGGUUCAGUGUUAAUUUAAAUAUUUCGCAGCACACUGAAUCCACACUGAAACACCACUGAUUUUGACUGCCAUUUCCAAAACCUCUUGGAGGGAGCAGUCAUUUUCAGUGUUAAUAUGAAUAAUUUAUUUAAUGGCAUGCAGGCACGAACUGUUACUUUUGCUGUCCUAUUUUACUUUUUAGACGGUGUGUUUGCGUCCAAUAUGGCAGUGAUGACGUCAUCUGCACAAAUAGAGGACAUCGCCAUUGCAUGAUGACGUGACACAGUAAAAAGAUGACAAAUUCACGUCCUUGACCUACGUCAUUGCAAACUUUGUCAUAAUGACAGUGGUCAGAUGGGUUACUAGACAAUUGAAACGACACAUGGCACAUAGCUACUGUCAGUGAUGUCAGGGAUUAAAGCUAGAUCAAAUUGACAUCCAAAUAAAGUAACUGCACGCGGCCUGUAGAAUAAUGAUCUACUGAUUGAUGUGUAUUGAGCUCCCAUGCAGAUAAUUUGCAGUGUAUGCAUACAUUACAAUUAACACCUAUAGGGCCUACAGUAGAUGCAUGAAGAUAAGAUACAUGCAGAUAUCUUGCAGUGUAUGCAUGCAUUACAACACCUAUAGGGCCUACAGCCUUCUUGAUUUGCUGAAAAUACAACUUCAGUGUCUGUCCAGAUUACCCUUUUUGCAUUCAUUUGGCUCCUUAUGUGUUCCAAUUCAAAUUGACUAAAACUCCCCUCUUCUCAUAUUGAAAUUCGGGUAAAUAGCGAGAAAUAUGAAGAGCUACCAUGAUUUCUUGAAUGUUUGACUAUCAAAUUCAAACUUAAUACUAGCUUCCUGUCUCAGGUUGCAUUAUGGGUGAUAUUUAACACUGAAUUUGACUGCAAUUACCACUGCUUUACACUGCCAUCAAGUCUUAAUCUCACCAGUCAUAAAGCAGUGGUUUUCAGUCAUGUUGAAAAUGCCACGGGUUUCGAUCAGAGUUGGAGAAGUGGAAAUCAGUGGUCUUUCAGUCAUAGGCAGUGUUUUUGAAAUAUGUCGUUCAUAAUGAUAUGCAAGUGGCAGUGCUUUGCAGUGGUCUUUCAGUCAAAAUCAGUGGUUUUAAAACAUUAAGAAAAAAUGAUAUGCCUGAGACAGUCAUAUGCAGUGGGGGUUUCAGUCAAAAGCAGUGUGAUGCAGUCAUUUUCAGUGCACUGCCUUUCGGUGAGGGCAGUGAGCAACCUUGGAGGACUCCUCUUUGUCCAUGAUCAGUGUCACUAAAGCUGGGAGCACACAGAGGGUGAGAUUAUGUCACGUGUCAUCAGAGACUUGGAUGACACUGUGCACACAUUGCUCGCUGAUAAAACAUGCCUGUUCCUGCAGAUAUUUACCUCCCAUCACUCAACACGAUUACUUACUCCAAUGCUGAAUAUGUGUUCCCAGCUUUAGCAACUUUUUUAGACCAGUAGCAUAUAAUAUACAUUCAGAGAUAAAUGAGCUGUCCCUUUAUGAUGUGGUGUGUUUGAGCACAGGGAGACCGAUAAGUAUUUCUCAUCUCAAAUUGUCAACUUUCCAAAAGAUUCUGUGUCAUUUGAUGGAAAAAUAUCUGGGCCAAUAUGAACUCAAACAAGAAACCACGGUGUACAAGAACUGACAAGUAUUCGCACUUCUUUUGAACAGCAAUUUGUAUUGUGAUGUAAAUGGAAUUUCAUUCUGCUAUUAUUCAAUGUGUUGUGAAACAAAAGAUCUUUAAAUGUUACUAUAAAGUCUAGUCUAUUGUGUAUAUCGUACACUUGGUUAAAAUCCUAUUCACCUUAACCUGACCAGAGAUAUGUGAAUUUAUUUGUGUACAAUGUAUUUUAAUCUUUGUUCAGGUUUUGUUGGAUUGGGUGCGCAAUCAUUUUGCACUGCAUUUGUGUAAUGUAAGCUACAUGUAUGUGUACAUAUUAUAUAAAUAGAGAGAUGAAUUAUACAUACACUAUCUUUAUAAAUGA